CUUAGACAACAACUUCAGAGGGAGGUGGAGGGGAAGCAGAGAAAGCUGACACCCCGAAAGGCACUGUGGGCACGGUAGUUCUGGACACACAAGGACACACAAGAGCCCACAAGGUGGACUAGGCGAAGAGACAACAGAAAGUACUGAAGAGACCGUGAUGCUACGAAGAGAAAAAUGUGCAGUUCCUCUUAAAGUAAGAAGAAACUAAACCUACAAGAAACAAGAGGCUUAGACAGGUUUAAGGACAAAUCUCCCAGAAUGCCUUGCGUGCUCGGCCGCUACGCAGCCGUCGCGCCUGCGCAGGGAGACAGCCGGUUAGUUGCGGCUCUGAGACUAAAGGCUCAGACGGCUGGAUCGGGAAGAGGCUGUGGAGGAGAAUGUGGGUUUUCGGCUAUGGUUCCCUCAUCUGGAAGGUCGAUUUCCCCUAUCAGGACAAACUGGUCGGGUCUAUCACAGGCUACAGUCGGCGCUUCUGGCAGGGCAGCACCGACCACCGCGGGGUUCCUGGCAAGCCUGGAAGAGUUGUGACUCUUAUUGAAGAUCCUGGGGGUUGUGUAUGGGGUGUUGCAUACCGACUACCAGCAGGAAAAGAAGAGGAAGUGAAAGCUUCUCUGGAUUUCAGAGAGAAAGGCGGUUACAGGACAACAACAGUCAUUUUCUAUCCAAAAGACCACUCUCUGAAACCAUUCAGUGUACUGUUAUAUAUUGGAACAUGUGAUAAUCCUAACUAUCUUGGUCCAGCCCCUCUGGAAGACAUUGCUGAACAGAUUUUAAAUGCUGUUGGUCCUAGUGGAAGAAAUACCGAAUAUCUUUUUGAACUUGCAAAUUCCAUCAGGAAUCUUGUGCCAGAAGAUGUAGAUGAGCAUCUCUUCUCCUUAGAAAAAUUAGUAAAGGAACUUUCUGAACGAAAACAGAAUCUGAAUUGCAUAUAAAGAGAUAAUCAUUGAUUUCACAAACAUUGUCUUCAGGGUAAUGGUUUUUCCUAAAUGUCAUAAUCUUUUACUUAAUGGUGUGUUCAGGAUAAUGUAGUUUGCUAUUUGAAUCUGCACUGGAAAAACUACAUAUACAUCUGUAUUCAAGCAUUUUUAAAAGUCCCAAGCUAAGUCAUAUUUAAAUAACAUCCAGUAUCUUAAGCUAUAUGACAGUAGCUCUUUUUUUCCACUAGUAAUAUAUUCUUUGUUUAGAAACAUACAGGUAAAUCAUUAUGCAUCCUGUUUUGAGAAUGUUAAACAAAAUACAAAUUUUUAAUCUGAUAAAUAGAAGAGAAACAAGAUAACCUGAGGACUCCUGCCUAUGUUUUAGCCUUAGAAAGUAGUUUUCUAAUAUCACAUCUUCUCCCUUUCUAGUGUGGAAGCAUAAAAUAGUGGGUAAGUUUGUCCUUUGAUACAAGUAUGGAACAGCUAUAUCUUAGGAGAACAAAUAUAUUUUAUUGUGGCCAUCAAUUGUGGGAAAAUAAUCUCUACAUCUACCAACCUGCCAGUACAAUACUGGAAAUUUGAAAUUUUUUGAAAUUUUGAAAUUACUGAAAAACAAACUGAAACCUGAAAUUCUAUAGCAUGUAUCUAUGCUUGUAAAAUUAAUUCUGUAACAAACCAUGGAUAAAAAAAUGCAAAAACUUAUACUAGCAUAUGAUUGUAGUGUGUGUAUAAAUGUGUGUAUAUAUAGAUAUAUAUAUAUAUACACACACACACAUGUUUACAUAGAGAGUAAUAAACACGGCUUUCAGUCCUAAUUUUAAACUUCUGUAUUUUUCAAGGUUUGUCAGUCCCUUUAAGCUUAAGCUAAUAUUUUCAUAUAAAUAUUCUCCUAUGAAUGUUAUAUAUUGUACCUUGUCUUCUUCAAUAGCAGUUAUUUUUGCAUAUGUAAUUACUACAGAACAUAACUCAUUAACUUUGAAAUACCAUGGAUCAAAUAUUUAUAACUAGUAGUGGCCUUUAAGAGG